AUCGUCCUUUGGACCGAUUCGCAGCGGACUUGAUUAACGGCGCUGGCCGACGUACACUUCGAGUCAGUACCGGACCGAGCUGCUGGAGCUAGUAGCUGGUGACGCCGUUGAAAGCGAAAGAUCCUGCAUAAAAUGCUUGAUCAUCGGAAUUGUGACGAAAAUAGCGUUUUGGUGAAACCACCGAGUACAACGGUUGUGCUAGGUGGUAGACUGGAUAGGAAAAAGUCCCUGUCCACGCCGAUUAUUCCGUUGCAAAAUGAAAAGUUCCUAUGUGUUCCGAUACACGGAGUGGCCAAACACCAGUUGCGGCCGGUAGUAGUGGCACACGAGUUUGCCUACGAUGAUAUCGCCAUUCAUACUGAAGUGCAGCAAGCAACGACUUAUCACACUAUACCGAAAAGUGCUUCCCAGUCUACAUUAACGAUCCCGGAAAAUUACAGUUUCACGUCAGUGCAGAUUCAAAUUUACAGACGCCGGUGGUUUUUACUGGUGUUGACCGUGUUGAGCAUUGCCGUCUCCUAUGUGCAGUGGAUUCAGUACAGUAUUGUCGCGAACAUAAUGGCUAAAUAUUACAACAUUUCUGCGGCGUGGAUAGACUGGACUUCGAUGAUAUUUAUGGUCGUGUACGUUGUGCUAGUAUUUCCCGUUUCGUAUGUUAUGGACGUAAGAAACUCGCGGCAGUCCGUUGUGAUCGGAACCGUCGGCACGGCUUUAGGUGCAUGGAUUAAAGUAUUUUCCACGAAUCCGAAUCAGUUUGAAAUAGUGAUGAUCGGGCAAACUGUAUCAGCAAUUGCUCAAGUGUUUCUGCUCAGCAUUCCUUCACGUUUGUCGGCCACAUGGUUCUCCCCACAAGAAGCUUCCUCAGUUUGUGCUUUCGGUGUGUUUGGAGGCCAACUCGGGAUUGCAAUCGGAUUUUUCUUAACACCCAUGAUCAUAGUCAAUAACGACGACGUUAGCUUAAUCGGUGUAGACUUGCAGAUUUUUCUCAUGGGUGUAGCCGGGUUUUCCACGAUGAUAGCUUGCAUGGUUAUAGCAAUUUUCAAAUCAGAGCCCCCGUUCGCGCCUAGUCACGUGCAGGCGCUCCAACGUACUAUGAAACCUCGUCGCAAAGAUUAUUGGCCGUCCGUUGUUCGCCUGUUGCAAGAUGAAAAUUAUAUUAUUCUGGUAAUUGCCUAUGGCAUUAACGUGGGACUGUUCAAUGCUUUCUCCACGCUGUUGAACCAGAUAGUGCUGAAUUACUUCCCCGAUAGUGCCACGGAUGCGGGUCGCGUUGGCCUUGCUUUGAUCGUUCUGGGAUUAAUAGGGUCAAUGGUUUUUGGCUAUCUGUUGGAUACAAGCCAUAAGUAUAAGGCAACAGCUGUGUGGGUCUGUCGGUUAUCAGCCGUAACAAUGGUUAUAUUCGCGCUUGCCCUACAAAGUCGUUCCAAAAAACUGCUUGCAGUCGCAUCAGUGUUUCUUGGAUUUUUCAUGACAGGUUUUCAGCCAAUUGGAUAUGAAUUUGCUGCAGAACUGACCUUUCCAGAGCCCGAUGGUCCCGUUGUGGGGAUUCUCAACAUCUCAACUCAAGUUUUCGGCAUCGUGAUAACAUUAAUGAUUUCGGGACUACAAAAUAUCUUGGGGGACUUUGUUGGGAACAUAGUUUUUGCUGCCUUUCUAUUUCUGGAUGGGAACAUUAUAGCGCUGAUUCAAUCGGACUUGCGGCGAUAUAAAACUCAUUUAGAAAUAGAAAACGAGGCGGCGAGGGAAUUCGCAGAGGACGCAAGCACACGUUAUGGAGAUAUCUCAAGCUACGAGGAUGCACCAUUGAAGCUAAAAAUAGAUGCGCCUAUCUGAUAAAACAACUUCAAGAACAUAGCUGCACCGUGUUUUGCAAAUGUUCAGUAGGUAAUCCAUGUUCCGUAAGAACAUGAAGUGUUUAAAGUAGCUUUCAUAUUUUAAGAACCCUUUUCAAAGCCCAAUGUACGUUACACCUAAAAGAAUAAAAAUAGCGUAUAGCGUAAGGUUGAAGAUGUUAAAUAAAAAAUAUAUAUUGAAUAAAUAUUUCAA